UUUUUAUUCCUAAAAGGUGGUGGUGGUCGUCUCGGUUGGUUUGGGUCGGUGGAUCACCCAAUACCCAAUAACCCAAAUUUCCAGAAAAUUGGCAGACCCCAUUUUGUCUCUCUGGCAAUCCACCUCUGGGUUUUUCUCCUAAACCAAGUUCAUAGUGUUUGAUAAUUUUGCCAAACUGAAAAGAUUCCGGCUUUCAAACUGAAUUUCUCGAAAAUGGGAAUCGGAAGCAGUAGCGCCGGUCGCCGGAGGCACCGGCCGCCUCCGCCUCCGGCUCCGGCUCACCCACAACCUCAAAAUGGUGGCAGAUAUGGUUACGCUGGUGCCUCACCACCUUACCCGCCCCAAUAUCCAAACGAACCAAUCCCCAAUCCAGGCCAGUACCACCAAUACCCACAUCAAUUUCCCAACGGACCAAAUCCCAAUCAAGCCCAUUUCUACCAGUACUCUGCAUUCUAUCCACCGCCGCCGCCGAUACCGGGCGCGUACCACCGCGGCGGGGCCUUCAUGGGCCCUCCUCCGCCGGGCAAUUGGGUUCCGGGGCAGUACCCUUGUGGUGCUCCUCCACCCCUUCCGGGUGCUCCCUUUGUUGAGCAUCAGAAGACGGUUACUAUCAAGAACGAUGUGAAUAUCAAGAAGGACUCUUUGAGGGUUGAGCCGGAUGAGGAGAAUCCCGGCAAGUUUGUUGUUGCCUUCACUUUUGAUGCCGCCGCACCCGGAAGCAUUACCGUCAUGUUUUUUACAAAAGAAGAUGCAGACUUUAACUUGAUAGCAACAAAGGAAAGCUUGCUUAAACCUGUUAAAGUGCCGUUUGACAAAGGUGUUGGUCAAAAGUUUAGACAACCUUGUGGAACUGGGAUCGACUUUUCAAUGUUUGAGGAGAUAGGGUUGACAAAAGAGGGUGACAUAGAAGUUUAUCCUCUUGUGGUGAAGGCUGAAGCACAUCUCGUGAAUGAAGGUGAACGUGAAUCAGAGGGAAAUUCCACCGGCAACUCUCAGAUCACACAGGCAGUGUUUGAAAAGAAGGAGAGUGGUGAGUACAAAGUGCGGGUGGUGAAACAGAUACUAUGGGUGGAUAAUAUGAGGUAUGAGCUGCAGGAGAUCUAUGGUAUUGGGAAUGCAGUUGAAGGUGAUCAAAAUGAUAAUGAAGCUGGAAAAGACUGUAUAAUUUGCUUGUCAGAACCUCCAGAUACAACUGUGCUCCCUUGCCGGCACAUGUGCAUGUGCAGUGGUUGUGCCAAGGUUCUGAGGUUCCAGACAAAUAGAUGCCCCGUCUGUAGGCAACCAGUUGAACGGCUCUUGGAAAUCAAGGUGAAUAAUGGAGCUGAUGGUGCUUUAGGUUAGCAUGCUAUCUACUAAGUCUUGUAAAAUCCAUUUAGAAAAAGAAAAAUAUGAAAACAUACAACACUGAACUUUCCUACAAGGGGUGGGGUCCUACAUAGAUUGCACAAUGCUAUGGUUCCUACCUCGUGUCAGAGAGUUUGUUAUACUGUAUUUUUCAGAAACGAAUAAAAUGGUGAAAAAUAAUUAUGUUC